CACUUGGUGGAGAUUGUGAGUAGUCUUUAUCCUACAACUCCAGGCUGCUCACUCGCACUAGACUCAUUAACGCUGGACGAGACGCGCAGCUGACAUUUAUUCUACUAUUCUCAUUUUCCCAUCCCGACACUAUACGUCAACAAAAUGGGGAAAGGAUGCAUCGCUGCCACCAAGUACUUCCUGUUUCUCUUCAACUUAAUCUUCUUUAUCUUCGGCGCUACGAUUAUGGGAUUUGGACUGUGGAUCCUCCUAGACAAUCAGAGCCUCAUUGCGGUGUUGCAGGAUUCAUCCAUGGUCCUGAAGGUGGUCUCUUAUAUUCUGAUUGGUGUGGGCUCAUUCUCCAUGCUUCUGGGAUUUCUGGGCUGUCUGGGGGCCAUCUAUGAGAUCCGCUGUUUGCUUGGAUUGUACUUCACCUGUCUAUUGCUCAUCCUCCUUGCUCAAGUGGCUGCUGCCAUUCUCAUCUUCUUCCAGCGGGACUGGUUGAGGAAGGAAGCAAACGAAAUUGUGUCCCAAGUCGUGGUGAACUACCCCGGACAGAACAAAACCACAGAGCAGGCCUGGGACUACCUCCAGAGAACAAUGCAGUGUUGUGGCUGGAAUGGACGUGAGGACUGGGAGGCCAACCAUAUGAUAAAGAAUAAUUCGCUGGAUUUGUACCCAUGCUCCUGCCACAAUGCUUCCCUCCCACCACAUAAUAUGGCUGAUAGCGGCUUCUGUCAGGUCACAUCUAAUGAUUGGCCCGUCUAUGACACGGGCUGCCUGGGGAAUGUGGAGAGCUGGCUCUUCACAAAUUAUGGAAUUAUUUUGGGAAUCUGCCUUGGUGUGGCUGUCAUUGAGCUCCUUGGCAUGAUACUUUCUAUGGGCCUUUGCAAGAGUGUACACCAAGAGGACUACACCAAAGUGCCAAAGUACUGAGGAGGAAACACGGACACUUGCACACAAAUGUAUUCAGUCCUUCCUUAUUGACUUGGAACAACAGAUCUCCCUCUUUUUCUACAGUAUAUACAGUGUUUCCAAAAGAUAAACUUUAGGGAUUAUGUUUAGUCAUGAGAUUUCACUCUGUCAAUAACACUAUCCCCUGUGAUAUUUAAUCAGAUCUUUUUUUAGUCCAGUUUGAAUAGCCCAUUAUAUGACAGUCUGAAGUGUAGAACAUGAAAGGUGCCCGCAUAAAUUAAUGAAAAGCGUAUGACGAGUCCUGGAGCCCCUGAAUGGUCUAUUUAUACAACAACACUCUUUAACACCCAGGCUGGUCUGUUUGCUUUGAUAUUUAUUCAUUGUAGCGGCCCAGACUAUGAGUUAACAGCCUAUUAAACUUCAGUUUAUGCUUUAUAGACAACAGAAAAACCACAAAGGCCUGCUUUUGUUAAAUCAAGGGACUUUUCUUUAGAUUUUGUGGUAUACAUAGACUGACACAAUUCCCACUCUGCCCUAUAGUGACAUCAUUUAUGAUUGUACAUCAGUGUUGUUUCAGAUUGCUUUUGUUUAUUUUUAUUAGUGUGUAUAUAUUUUAGAUUUCAUUUGCAGGUUGAUUUUGUGAAGUCUAGGGAGUCAAACUUUUCGCUUUUUUGUACAGGUGAUAAAUUUAGUAUUUUUUACAUGCUUAAUUUGAGCAUAUUUGUAUGAGUAUAUUUGUAAGGAAGUACAAUAUAAAGCUAUUCCUUUGAUGAUGUGAACCAAAAUGAAGAUUAGCCCCCAAAGUUGACUGCAGACUUGAUUUUUUUUUAUUGCAUUGAUUCUAAUUUAACAGAUUUUCUCUGGCACCACUACGACUUCAAUUGUAUACUUGCUAUGACAAGUAUAAAUGAAAAAAUGCUAACAAUGUUUCCUGUCAUGUUUAAUAGUUAUUUUGCAUAUGUAAAACUUUGAAUUCUUAAUAAAAAGGUACACACUUAUUUUAAUGUUGCAAAAAAAAGUUUUUUUUUUUUUAAAAUACAGGGAAUACAGUCCCCUAGCAAGUAAUAAUGAAAUGAUAGAAUAUUGUAACUACAUGUACCUUUCGCUGAAUGUGUUAUAAUAAAUAACUCACCCAA